AUGACAGAUGCGGGACAUUGUAUUCUUGCGCGCUACAAAAGGACGCAAGACCAUGGGGAUCUCGAUCACGCUAUAAAAGACUUCGAACGCGCUUCUGAUCUCUGCCCCGUUGAUCAUCCCUACCGCCCUGCGGCACUGUCCAACCUAGCUACCGCAAAGUUCGUCAGUUGCCAGGUUAAUGGAACCUACCUCGACCUCGACAUCCCCAUCUCUCUCUUUCAAGAUGCGCUUGAUAUGCGUCCCACAGGUCAUCCAGACCGACCUCUCACCCAGCUCCAUCUUGCCCUUGCUCUCCUGUCUCGUUGCGCGAAACGGGGAUUUCAAGCGGAUGCUGAUGUGGCUAAAGAGUUACUGAAUGAAGUUCGCAAUGUCUCCCUUGCCGAUAGCCAUCUAUCCAGAGCAGCUCUUCUUGCAAUUGAAACCUCUGCUUUGGUCAGAAGCACUGAUGCAAAUACACUUCGGGCGGAGGGGCCCAUUGCAUCCAUGCUUCCGUGGUCCCCGAACGAACUUGCUGAUCGAGCAGAGUUGUGUUUGCACACAUAUGAUCCCCAUGCCAUGGAUGAAGUGAUAUCCCUUCAUUAUGAUGCACUAGGAUACUACAGCACAGCGAAUGAUCGGCGAGGGCAAUUGCUGUGUAAUCUCAGUAUAAUGCUAGUCACCCGCUUCGAGCGUCGAGGCAAUAGUCAAGACCUCGACGAGGCCAUUGCACUUCAGAAGGAAGCGCUGGCUUUGCGCCCAAUCGGUCACACAGCUCGGUCCGAGUCAUUGAAUAACCUUGCAAAUCAACUCUCCACCCGCUUCCAGCACCGAGGCAAUGACCAAGACUUGGAUGAGGCUAUCGUGCUGAACAGGGAAGCACUGGCUUUGCAUCCGGUCGGUCACGCGGAUCGGUCCAGGUCAUUGAAUAACCUUGCAAUUCAACUCUCCACCCGCUUCCAGCACCGAGGCAAUGACCAAGACUUGGAUGAGGCUGUCAUGUUUCACAGGGAAGCGCUGGCUUUGCGCCCGGUCGGUCACAUAGAUCGGUCCUCGUCAUUGAAUAACCUUGCAAGUCAACUCUCCACCCGCUUCCAGCACCGAGGCAAUGACCAAGACUUGGAUGAGGCUACCGUGCUGAACAGGGAAGCGCUGGCUUUGAAUCCAGUCGGUCACGCGUAUCGGUCUAGGUCAUUGAAUAACCUUGCAACUCAACUCUCCACCCGCUUCCAGCACCGAUACAAUGACCAAGACUUGGAUGAGGCUAUCAUGCUUCACAGGGAAGCGCUGGCUUUGCGCCCAGUCAGUCACACAGAUCGGUCCUCGUCAUUGAAUAACCUUUCAAAUCAACUCUUCGCCCGCUUCGAGCACCGAGGCAAUGACCAAGACUUGGAUGAGGCUGUCAUGCUUCACAGGGAAGCGCUGGCUUUGCGCCCGGUCGGUCACACAGAUCGGUCCUCGUCAUUGGAUAACCUUGCAAGUCAACUCUCCACCCGCUUCCAGCACCGAGGCAAUGACCAAGACUUGGAUGAGGCUAUCAUGCUUCACAGGGAAGCGCUGCCUUUGCGCCCGGUCGGUCACACAUAUCGGUUCAUGUCCUUGAAUAACCUUGCAACUCAACUGUCCACCCGUUUCCGGCACCGAGGCAACGACCAAGACCUCCAAGAGUCGCUAGAGAAUCUCCGCUGUGCCUUGACUCUCUUGACGCAACAUGAUCCUCGACAAAUACUAGUCCGUCACUGGGUUCGCCAUGCUGAUCAACAUUCACAUGGCACCGAGCUCGAGGCGUAUGCAACUUCCAUGCAACUUCUGGAUGCUUUCAUGUCUGCAACAGCUUCAGUGUCAUCACGUCAUCAUAUCAUGAAGGAGUUCCAAAGCACACUCGCAGUCAAUGCUGCAUCGUGCGCUCUUCGUCGUGGCGAAGUGUGCCGUGCUGUAGAGCUGCUGGAACAAGGCAGAACUCUCAUAUGGAACCAGAUGGCGCGAUUCCGCAUGCCUCUUGACAGCCUCCAGGACCGUGGCGCUCAUGCAGAGGCGUUGGUGAAGAAAUUCCGAGACCUCAGCUCCAUUCUUGAUCGACCUCCUUCGAAUCAUUUAGAAGGAACAUCAAGAGUCGACGUAGAAGCAAGAGCUACGAAGUACAGAUGUCUAGUGGAGGAAUGGAACACAGCUCUAAAAGGUAUCCGGAAGAUCGAGGGCUUCGACCGCUUCCUACUCGCCCCCCUGUUCUCUGAACUUCAAGACGCCGCUCGCGAUGGCCCUAUCAUUGUUCUCAUUGCAAGCAAGUCGUCUUGCAAUGCAAUCAUCGUCCCACACAAGGGACAUCCAGUCAGUGUAGAACUCGCUAUCGAUGUAGAAAGACUCGUGCGAUUGGUGAAUGCACUGCAGUUGACGGUGGCAAAAGAUUCCAGCCCUCAAAACUCGCAGAGAGAGAAACAAGCAAAGCUAGUGGAAGCUUUGAGGCAGCUGUGGGUCGAGGUAGUGCACCCUGUGGUUAAAAAUCUCGCUGGAGUCGCAAAGCCAGGGUCGCGAAUAUGGUGGUGCCCCACUUCAUUCUUCAACUUCUUGCCCUUGCACGCCGCUGGCGAAUACAGACCCAAUGGAACGAACCUUUCGCAGCUAUACAUUUCCUCCUACACUCCAUCGCUUACCGCGCUCAUUAAGGCUCGCAGACACCGUGACAGGGCUCUGCCCGUGUCCUUCGCUGCCAUUGGUCAGAACCGCCCUUCAGGAUAUUUAUUUGCAUUGCCGUGUGUCGAACCUGAACUGGACUUGGUGAAGAGUCUCCUCCCCCCUUCCCCGACUGUGUCCUUCACCAAAGUCACGAGCAAUCAAUCAACGAAAUCGGCCGCCCUGCGCAUAUUGCGCGAUAACCAUUGGGUUCAUUUUUCCUGCCACGGGACACAGGACUUUGUGGAACCCUUCAAAUCGGCAUUUCUCAUGCGCGACGAACCGCUUCGACUUCUAGAUAUCAGUCACACUGAUCUGUCUCGGCACGAAUUUGCAUUUCUCUCUGCUUGUCAGACUGCAGUCGGUGACUUCGAAACUCCUGACGAAGCGAUUCACUUGGCGGCUGGCCUGCAAUUUUCUGGGGUGAAGAGUGUCAUUGGGACAUUUUGGAAUGUCAAUGACAGCACCGUGCAACGCUUAGUCGAGGCAUUCUACAAAGAGUUUUGCGGAGACGGUAAGAUGAAUUCAAAACGAGCUGCGCGAGCGCUGCACAAAGCAGUCCAGUCGUUGAAAGACUUACCCUUGGACCAGCGCAUCGUGUUCAUGCACAUUGGCGUAUGA